AUGUCAGCAUCACCAAUCGCACGCCAAGUAACUCAAAAUCAAAAUAUACCUUCUAAAAGAAUUGUUAUUUCUGACCCGAAUCAAUUACCAGUUGAUUACUCAUCAACUCCAGGAGAGGUGGGCUACGAGAACGAGACACAGCUGGCAAGGAAUCGUGAAAACAACAAGGCUGACGCCAUCGUCGGUGGACUAGGCAUAUCCACGAUCGAUAAAACCCGGAGACGCGAGUACGAGUCAACGCGAUACGAGUUAUAA